AACGGGCUCCACUGAGCCCCCAGACCCGGCCUCUUAGUAAACUUUUAAAAGAGAAAACAAUUCGUCGCUCUUCGGGUGCGUGCUUUCAAUGAGAAUUUUAAAGUAUGAAUGGUUGAAAAUUGUACCUCAUCAUCCUCACUGUUUACGGAUAUAAAUUGAUUUUCGAAUGUAAUUAAUAUUAGCUUAUGGCUUGAGGUCGACUGUCACUAUUUAAUAUAUUUAAAAUGAUGCUGCUGCUUUGGGCAGCGACUAGUUUUGUGGCAAUGGUUGCGGUUUUAGUGUCUCUUCGCUGGCUUCUUGUGGCCGCAUCUGUUCUGUUGCUCGGCUCUAAUCUGCGGGGGGGCGAGGGUCGCAGGUCAAACUCUAGAUUUACCAACCUCAUGUGCGAGACAUACAACGAGUCGUAUGCGCGGUUCUCGAAAUGCAAACUCAAACUGCUGGCCAGGGGACGCGCUGGUGUCAACAUCCACCUGCAGCUAUUUCAAGUGCCCAUCGAUAAUGUGUGGAUCAAUUGGAGCAUGUAUCGGCGCUACAAUGGCUAUCGUCCAUUCAUGUACAACAUCAGCUCGAACUUCUGCAAGCUCAUGGAGAACGUGAAUCAAAUGUCCUUCGAAGGGCUGGUCAUCAGAGCUAUAAUGACUCGCUCAAAUCUAAAUCACACCUGUCCCUACAAUCACGACAUUAUCCUGGAUAAUCUGGAAUUUACAGACGAUUUGCUGAAGAAUUUGCCACUUCCCCAGGCUGACUACAAGUUGCAGCUGCGUUUUGCCACUUACAAAACUUGGAGAAUUCAAGUUUCUGCGUUUUUCGUGCGAGAUGAACUAUAAACAAAUACACAAACUCCCGAGUGGGAGUUUAAUUGAAAUAUAAUGGCGAGAGGGUAACUGACCGAACGGCAAACAAA